GUCCCUCGUACGUCUGGUGCAUAUUCCUUUAGGUCCCAUGCUAAUCGCCGUUUAACACCCAUUUUAUUUCUAUUUCAACAUCAGUUAACGUAAGGGGAGAUUUACAGAACAAUUAUACAUUUCUCAUGCUUCAAGAUUUGACCACGCCUUUCAGUUACAUCUCAUGCGGCUAUGUGUGCGCGAAAGAACGAGAGGAUGGAGAUGACAUGAGGAUCUCUAAAAUGCCCCUUUGCUAUUAGCAAACAAAUGAUUCACUUCAUUCAGUAUUAAGACAUAUGAUUCAGUGAUACAUAUGUCACUGGUGGGAUUAUUUCAGUAUGGCAGUUGUAAGUCUGACGGAUCCGCUUUGCAAACCUUGUUCAUACAACUCACAUUUCAAAGUUGAGGUUUAUGUGAGGAAGCCAUUGAUGCCCAUCCACCUGAGCAAGGAGCAGGUUGCUCUGGAGAUGUUGUGUCUCUGCAGCCAGCUGGACCUUUUGAUAAGAGCUCAGGUCCAUCAGUUACAGGAGCAGGAGACAAACCCAGAGGAAACUGAAUAUUUUCAACAGCAUGGGGCUGAGAUAAUAUAUCAGAUGAACCAGUGCCUUGAACAUCUUUCUAAACCUGCUAUUCAACUUGAGGACUAUUUGGAUGAUGUAGGGUUGUCCACCCUCUUUCCACGAGUGGAAGUUUAUAUCAUACAUGGCAGCCCUGUUGAUAUGUUGGAAAGACCGCCUUCAGAUGCAUAUUUUCCUCACAUUGGGAAACUGAACCAGCUGCUGGUUCUCAGUCAGCAGUUGGAUGAAGAUGUGAAGCAUCUGGGCAGUCAUAAAUACAUAGCUCAUCAGCUGUCAGCAAUUUAUCAAGUGCUAAACUCGAUCAAAAACAUUUUGCCAUUAUGCACCAUAAGAAAGGAUAUUGAGGCCAACUUCAAACAACUGAAGAUGUCUCUUUUGACAGAAGAGGGGUCCAAGCUGGAGCCUCAGUUGCCAGCACAAUAUGUUAGCUGGGUGUCUGAUUUGACACACAACUUAAUAUCGACGGUGUUGUCGCUCUCAGAUGAACUUACAGGAGACCUCACCCCAGUAAUGGAAUUCAUCUCUAACAUUUCCUCAUAGCAGAAUUUAUAGUGACUAAAUGAAAUAAUGAGAAAUUGUCUGAAUUAGUAAAUCUCUUAAAAAAUGUUAAAGAGACAUUUUAAUGUCAUUCAGUUUGCUCAGUUGCACAGGUAUGAUGCAAAUAUAUUAAAAAAACCUUGUUUACUACUAGGUUAUGAUACUGUAGUAAAAAUUAAAAUGUUUACAAUCUGAGUAGGACUACUU